AUUAGAAGAGAGAGAGGAAAAAAAAGAAAUAGAAAAAAAAAAAAGAUUAUAGAUAGAGAGAAGAGAAAGAGAGAGAGAGUUGCGGUUUGGUUAAUCAAUCGAUGAACAAAUUGCUUCCGAUUCAAAUUCUCUUUCUCUUUCUCUGACAUUUUUGAUCGAGAAAGGUAAAAGGAAGAAGAAGAAAAAAAAAAUUAAUUCCAGUUUUUUUUAGGGUUUUAAUUUUUGUUUUGUUUUGUUUGUUUGGUUUCUCGGGAAAAAAAAAUGGUGAGGGAAUCGCCGAGAAAAUGUUCGCAUUGCGGAUUAAACGGACAUAAUUCGCGAACAUGUGGUAAUUUUUCGAAAGGGAAUAAUAAUUAUUAUUAUUGUGUGAAGUUAUUUGGAGUUAAUUUAAUGGAAAAUAGAGAUGAAUCUAUGAGGAAGAGUUUGAGUAUGGGGAAUUUGAAUCUUCACUCAUCAUGCAAUAAUGUUCUUGAUCUUAAUAACAAUACCACCGCCGUCAAUAAUGUUACCGGUGAUAAUGCCGCCUCCGCCGAUGACUCUGGGUAUCUCUCCGAUGGCCUUAUUCAUAAUAAGAGACGCAAAGCCGCUCAUGAGAGGAAGAAAGGAAAGCCAUGGAGUGAGGAAGAACAUAGAACAUUUCUGAUAGGUUUGAAGAAGUUAGGGAAAGGGGAUUGGAGAGGAAUUUCAAAGAAUUAUGUGACAACAAGAACACCAACUCAAGUAGCAAGUCAUGCCCAAAAGUACUUCUUGAGGAAGAUGAAUGCAAAUGAUAAGAAGAAACGGAGAGCCAGUCUUUUUGACAUACCUGAAAUCAAAGCUUCUAGUGAACUUCCAUCUCAAAUUUUGCUGUCCAAGAACAAUAGUUUGGACAACCAACCCCAGGUGAAUAAUUUACAAACACAACUUGUAAAUCGAUUCCCUCAUCUCUGUUUGGAUACUCCUCAUUUCAUUCCUCCGCAAACUAAUGGAUCAUCUUCACCAUCGUCGAUUCCUUUCGUGGUGGGAGUUUCCCCCAAGAACAAUAUUCCAUUGGUGAACACUGGAAGAUCAUCAAGAGGAAGUCCAAAUGCAGCAAUGGUUGCACAUCCAUCUGGGAUUCCUCCUUCCCCAAGAUCUUCACCAACAAGAACUUUAUUGAUGCAGCAGCCAGCUGCUUCUGCCCUAGCCAUGGCUGCUGCAGCCUCUAGUGCUUUUGAUCAAUCAGAUGCCCUUGAGCUCAAAAUUGGCCUUCCUCAAUCUCCACAGCCCAAAAAUUUGUCUUCUCAAACUUCUGGUGCCAUUAGGGUUAUAUGAGAAAAAAGGAAAAAAGAAGAGUUGUGGUAUGGUCGAUCGUAUUUGUUUUCUAAGAAGGUUAAUUAAUUUAGAAGAAGUUUUAAAUUUGCCCUUUUCUCAUAUCCCUUUUACCUCUAUGUAAUAGGGUAAUAAAAUUUUCUUCAUGUAUAACCAUCUUUCAAUAGACCAAUAUACAAUGGAUAAUCUGUUUGGUAAUCAUUUUUCGACAUUCGUAAGUUUCUAAACUAAUUUACAAUAUUUAGGUGUUAAGAAGAUUCGUUAGAAAUUAGUUUCUAAGUAGAUGAUUACUAUGAUAAUUAAAAAUAAUCUUUUUGGUGAGAGGUUUUUUUAUAUAAAGUUUUGGGUUUGAGCA